AAUAUUGACUGGGAUCUAAUGGACUUACAGGAGACUGUUAGCGCCGUUGAAAGUAAUCCUAUGAAAUUCCGUCUAUCGAAUAAAGAUAUAUCAGCAAGACGUCAAUUUCUGUCAGAAGCAAAAAGUGUUAUUAAAGCUGUAAAAAGUAAUCUACCCACAUCAAAUAUUGAUGGAGCGAUAAAGAAUUCAAAUAUUGAUUUUACGGUUCAUAUGGCACCACCACCGCCACAACAACAAGAAGGCGUUUCAUCAUUAUCAUCACCACCGUCAUCACUGCUGUCUAACGGAGAUGUGAAAAUGAAAGAGGAGACAACACAGAGAAUCCCCUCCAAUAUGACAACAACCCAUUCCUAUAAAACAUCAUCAAAUAUCUACUCAUCACCAGCAAAUCAUGAUCCGCUUACUCAACAAAAACAAUUACUUUAUGAACAAGACAAUCGGUUAGAUCAAUUAGGUACAACAAUAUCAAAUCUGAAAGGAAUGUCACAACGUAUCGGUGAUGAAUUAAGCGAUCAAGUCGUUCUGCUGGAUGAUUUCUCUAGUGAAAUGAUCAGUACAGAGUCUAGACUUGACUCAGUCACGAAACGAACUGCUCGCCUAUUACACUUGAGUACAGAUCGUCGACAAUGGUGUGCAAUAUUCUCUUUGUUAAUUACCCUGAUAAUUAUAUUGAUUUUAUUGGCUGUUCUUUAAGAGUGUGUGUGCGUUGCUGGUGUCAAUCGAUCAUGAUAUAUCCUCUGUGCUGAUUUCUCUC